AUGGACAUCCAGGACCCUCAAGAAAGCGACCCUCUCCAGCUGGUGGAGGCUGCCGCCGCCCUCGCCACCAUUCUGCCAUCCAUUGGCGUCGACUACGCGGUCGCCGGCGGUAUGGCCUGUGUCUUGAUGGGCUCCGAGCGUCUGACUCACGACCUCGACCUCGUCGUAGACAUGGAUGGUUCCGACAUUGUCAAGGCGAAGCAGCAGGUCGCGGCUGUCGACUCGCGCUUUACCUCUACUGGCAACAGCCUUUACUUUUGCGGUCUGCCCAUUGAGUUUCUCACCACCCGCUCAUUCGUAUGGCCUAUUCCGCUGAAGUCCGGCUCUCGCAUUGUCCAACACGACAACAUCGAAAUUAAUGUCCUCUCCCCCGCAGCGUUGCUGCUCACCAAAUGCACUCGUAUGGCAUCGUCUGUUGGCUCGACCCGACCUAAGACCCUCAGCAAGUUGCGCUCCGAUACGGAAGACGUCACCUUUAUCGUUCCCCAGGUCACCCGCAAAGAACUCGAUUUCCUACUGUCUCAGCAUCCGCCAGACAAGCAAGUCCGUCUGCGCUCCAACCUCGCCAAGGUUGCCGAGGAGGUCGUCGGUGUCCGCCAGCUCCUUUAA